UCCAGUGAGUUCCAAGACCUGUGCUGUCCACAGAGAAUUCCUCAGUGACAGGAGCAAUUCCUUCUAUCCCAGAAAUGGCUACCACUUUCAACCCUCGAGAAUGUAAGCUGUCCAAGCAAGAAGGACAAAGUUAUGGCUUCUUCCUACGAAUUGAGAAGGACACUGAUGGUCACCUGGUCCGGGUGGUGGAGCAGGGGAGUCCCGCAGAGGAGGCUGGGCUCCUGGAUGGGGACAGGGUCCUCAGGGUGAAUGGCGUCUUCGUUGACAAGGAAGAGCAUGUGCAGGUUGUGGACCUUGUCCGAAAGAGUGGGAAUUCAGUGACUUUACUUGUUCUGGAUGGGGAUUCCUAUGAAAAAGCCAUCAAAAAACAGGUGGACCUGAGAGAGUUGAGCAGCAGCCAGAAGGAGCUGGAUUCGAACAGCAGGAAAACGGCCGCGGUGAUCAAUGGAGGGGCACAGACUUGGACGAGGCCACGGCUCUGCUACCUGGUGAAGGAUGGAAACAGCUAUGGCUUCUCUCUGAAAACGCUGCAAGGCAAAGCGGGGAUCUGCAUGACCGACAUCACCCCUCACGGCGUGGCUAUGAAAGCAGGGGUCCUGGCCAAUGACUACCUGAUCGAAGUGAACGGAGAGAAUGUAGAGAAGGCCAGUCAUGAGGAAGUGGUGGAGAAGGUGAAGAAGGCCGGAGGCCGCAUCGCCUUCUUGCUUGUGGACCAGGACACAUACAAGCGCCACAGUGAACAGAAGAUGCCAUUCCACAGGGAUGCCGCCAGCCUGGAGCUGCUGCCCCAGCAGCCGCGUGUGGUGGAGAUGAAGAGAGGGAGCAACGGCUACGGCUUCUACCUGAGAGCAGGCCCUGAACACAAAGGUCAGAUCAUCAAGGACAUAGAUUCUGGAAGUCCAGCAGAGGCGGCUGGCUUGAAGAAGAAUGACCUGGUGGUGGCGGUGAAUGGUCAGUGUGUGGAAGGCUUGGAUCAUGAUAGUGUGGUGGAGAUGAUUAGAAAGGGCGGCGAGCAGACCUCACUGCUGGUGGUGGACAAGGACACAGACAGCAUGUACAGACUGGCUCGAUUUUCUCCGUUUCUCUACUACAAAAGUCAAGAACUGCCCAAUGGCUCCGUCACUCAGCCCCCGGCUCCGCCCUCUGCUCCUCCUAAUGUGUUAAGUCCAGCUCCACUCUCUGCUCCUCUGAACGAGUCAAGUCCAGAAAUGACAGAGGAAGAAGAUCCUAAGCCGAGACUCUGCAGGCUGGUGAAGGGGGACAAUGGCUAUGGCUUUCACUUAAAUGCGAUUCAGGGUGUGCCCGGCUCCUUCAUCAAAGAGGUACAGGAAGGAGGCCCCGCGGCCCUGGCGGGGCUGGAGGACGGCGAUGUCAUCGUGGAGGUGGAUGGGGAGAAUGUGCUGGAUGCGCCCUACGAGAUGGUGGUGGACAGGAUCCAGAGCAGUGGGAAGGACGUGACACUCCUGGUCUGUGCGCGGAAGGCCUACAAUUACUUCCAAGCAAAGAAGAUCCCUAUCGUCUCCUCCAUGGCCGACCCGCUGGAUGCCCAGCCUGAUGCCCAGGCGGAAUUACCGGCGGAGCCAGAGCCUGGCUUAUGCGGGGCGAGAGAGCGAGCCAGCAUCCUAUUAUUUGAUCCAUGCUACUAAUCCAGAUAAAUUUUUUGGCCCAGAGCACAGGCUCACAUUUGUCUUCCCAGUCUGAAGAUACAGAGCUGUGAAGAGAAUGAGCAACGGCUUUGGCUGGUACGGUUCCUGUGAAAUACCUAGAAACUGCUUUCUCAGGACAUGAGCCACCACCAGCUCGCUGUCCAUGAGAGAACAUUGGAAACCACCAUGCGUGGCUGCCUUGUGCUUUCCUCUCCUGACAGGCUGGUUUAUUUAUGGUCAUCUUUGGAAGGUUGAAGGCAGGAGCCAGAUCCUUUUUAUGUGAAAUCUUCCAAGCUUUGGCUUUACAUUUCCGUUUGAUGAUACUUCUUUCUUCUGUAGAUUCUUUCAGCAUCAAAGAUGAUUUAUAUCUGUAUGUUAAAGUAUUAGCAGAUGGUACUAUUGAAAUUGUAACAGUGUUAAGAUUGCCAUAAUAAAUACCAUGAAAAUUCCUUUUGAA